GCAAAUUUGAUGGUCGCUGUGUUUGGUGCAGCCCCGGAGAGCUUGGACGCCGCCUCGCCAGCCCGCAGCUGAAGAAGCUUUUGGUGUACUCACUGCUGCAGUUACAGACCGCAGAAGCUGCGUUUCGUCAAGCUGUAAACAGGAUCCCAGAGGAGCAUCGGCAGGACAUCUUGGCGGCGCUACGGGAACGCAGCGAGGCCUUGGGCCAGGACGCGGUGGCGACGCCAGCCGCCGCGGCUGUCCUGGACGACGUCCCGCCCGAUUCGGAGUCAGCUUCAGACCAGUUAUCCACGGAUGAGGUAGAAGAAGUGCCGCUGCUUUCCGCAGACUACGACAUAGACGCUUCGGCCAAGCUUGGCCAAGCUGACCCUGACCCUGAACUUCAGUUUCAGGAAGAAAACAGAGCAUGGGAUCUGCCGGUACUACCUCACUCAGAUAGCGACGACAGCCCCCGGCAGCAUGCUGCAGAAGCGCCUCGAGCCAAACGUCGGGGUGGUGUGCUGCGCCGCCCUGCAGCACUCGAUGCACUGGAGCAACACAUCGGACCCGGCUUGGCAUUGGCCGGCGCCCUCGCCUCUCAACCGAUGCGACGACCUGCUGCAGCAAAACGCGUGCCGAAAAGCUCCGAACGCUGCAAAGGCUCUCAAGGCCGCGAAUGUACUUUUUCCACUUUAGCGCUAGGGCAGGCAGCAACAGUGCAGCCCUUCAGGAAGCAGACCCAUUGCUUGUUCUGCAGCGACACGACCUUGGACCAUGUACUGGCGCACCAACGUGGAGCACAAGUCACCAAGACUUUACGACAACUUAAGGCUCUAAGCUCCGAGAAGUACGAGGAAGCUUUGUGCAAUCUCCGCCAACGUCAGGGUGACAAUUUUGCUUCGGACUUUGCCGCACGUGUCGAGCGAGCAGAACGCAAGAGCCAGACGACUUCUUCGCCGGCCGUCGACCAGUGGCGGACAGCCCUCCAGUUUCGCCAGCGCGUCGCCGGUGCGCUGGACCGUCGCGCAGCUGCAGCGCACACUGUGAAAGUGCGAAGAGAUCGCGGUCUAGUUCGACGGAAAUUUUUCUGCCCACAACACCUCAGCCGGCAUUAUACUGAAGCAAAUGUAGCCGAAGAGCUGGCACUCGCACCGCCUGCUGCAGACGUCGCUUUCAAUGACUCUGGUCUUCCGGCACCCGAUAUCUCUGAGCGAGCAAAAAUGGCGGAGCAAUGGUGCAAGCUUGGUUCGUGGCGCAUAUGUCGUCAAUGCCACAGUGUGCGCCCGCGUCCUUUCCAACCGGGAGAUUUACGGCGCGUCGCCCAGCCCACCGUCCAGACCUGCAUUCUGUGCCGGCGCGGUGCGCGCGUGCCGCAGCCAGGUGAUGUGCCCGAACCUUUGCGCGAACUCUCUGCAGACGUGGUGAUAGCCCUGCGGCCACUGGACGUGGACACUGGCAACUAUGAGCGAGCUCCACACGGUUACCGCGUCCAUGCAUCCAUGGUCCGGUUUGCAUGGGCCGCCAAAGACGUCGAAACCAAGAUCGCGCAGCUGUCGCACGCGCGGGAGCGGAAGCAGGCCAAGCGGGCAUUUCGCUAUCUGACAGAAUCGGAGCAGGGCCGGUCGACUUCGGCUUACGCUGACUUCGUGGAACGCCAUCGCCGCUUCUUGACUACCCACGAAGACGCCGCGGAGCAGGUGCGAAAGCGGCCGCUUCGCUUUCUGGAGGAACGAGCCCUGGAGUGCGCGCUGUGGCCGCACCUAUACUGGGAUACGUCCCUCUGCGAAACAGUUGUUCGCCUUACAGACGUGCGCCGGCAGCGGCCGGUCCGGCCGAGGGCCUGCAUGUCCAGCGGCGAGGAAGACGCAGGCUGCGCCACCUCGGACGAAGACUCCGCGUCUUCUGCGUCCGCAGACAGUGCCGGAGAGCUCGCCUCUGCUGCCGGGCCGGAGACACUUCACAUGGCUCAUGUUCUCAAAGAGCUCGACCGCGGGUAUUUCAGCGGCAUGAACCGGCGCACUGUCGGUCGCCGAGAUCGACAGUGGAAAGACCAUCUCCUCGCCGCAGCUGACGGUUCGGAUGUUAACACCGUGCUUAAUUUCGUUUCUCGCUUGGAGUUUCAAGAUGGAAAGCGAAAGACCGGCACCCAGCGAUACCACGGGCGCGGCGCGGUUCACUCUCACUCCUUGGACUAUCUAGAGAACGUCGGUGCGGUGCGACUGCACGAGAAGCUGAGUGCCUCGGUGCCACAACAAGCGGAAGCCGUGAUCACGCGGGGCAUCGUCCUAGACUCGCAGCUAGACAGAAAUAACAGCAAGGUGGACAUCCGAGAAGAACCCUCUGCGUGGGACGACGCAGAGCAGAAGGUGCUCUUACACCACACCGAGGAAGACCAUGCCCGCCAUGUCCGCGCAUAUUUUCCUGAAGCUUUGCAGGUAAGCAAGUGCCAUGAAGACGUCCUGCAGGCAGACGGGCACGGUGCACUCAUGCGCUACGUCGCGACGUACCAGCAAAAGUUCAGUGGGAGCUUUGCUGGUGAUUGGUUGAACGACGAAGCGUCAGACUAUAGCGUGGCGCGACGCAUUCUCUUUGACCACCACCCACUCGAACCUGAAAUGUGGCUCAGCCUUGCUGGUGCCAUGUUUCCUCAAUUUUCUUUCGGCGGCGCUUUGGUGGAUAUCUUCGCGCCCUACCCCGGCAUGGAGCACAAGCCGGACUUUGUCGUUCGCUACGAAACUUGCAGCUGGAGAGGGGAGAGCAUGACCUUGCUGGACUUCCUGCGGAAAAGCAAUUCUGUCGGCGCCAUCCUGCAGUGGGUGCGUCGCAAGCACAAGGCGACGGAGCCAGCUGGCGCCGAUUCUGUCGAGGAAUUCGCACGCAGCUGUCCCGCUCGUGGGGAGAAAGCUGUUGCCGCCGCUUGCGUCUCCCGCCUGCGAGACCGAUACUACGGCCAGUGGCUUGCACUGCACUGCCCGUUUGCUCAGUUAGACGACUUCUUCGUGCCCGAAAUCCAAGAGAAGGUCCCGGAAAGAUAUCAGCUUUUCGCCACCGCGUUGCACUGGCGUGCCGAUUAUUGGACCAACUUGGACCAACUCCGCGCGGACAUGCAACUGGAAGCAUGCAGCAGCGACCACAUCGAGACGGUGUGUAACCUCGUGCGUGCCCAAACUCAUCUCGUCGGUCGCUACCUCCAAGGAGAUCUCGUCCGAGAAGAUGUGCGGGAUGCCAUCGAGGAGGUGGAAGCGGAAGCGGCAGAAGCUCCGCGACCGGCAGACGGCGACGUGCCGUUGGUGCUCGAUGCUUCGCAGCGUCGCCUGCAGCGCUUGAUCGAUCUCAGCGUGCAGCGAUCCUUGGACGCUCGAGCGGCAGAGGACGAUGACGCGCUGGACGACAUCGCUCUGGACGCGCACAAUACUAACCGCAUAUUGGCGGCUGUCGGGCCGCCGGGCUCAGGUAAGACUAGUGCCGUUCAUGCUUGCAUUCGGCGGUGGCAUGCGCGAGGGGCCCGCAUUCUUUUCGCUUUGCCCACGGGACAGCUAGCCGCUCAGAUGCGACGCCUGCAUCCGGAUAUCGAUGUGGACACAUGCCACGGUGCAUUCUUGUUCCAUAAAGAAAUCUCCGAAGCCUUGCCCAUCCUCAGCUCUUACGACCUGGUCAUUGUGGACGAGUUGUCGAUGCUCACCAGCGAGCACUUCGAUCGUCUGGACACUAUGUGGCGUGCAGCGGAUCGCUUGCCCUGCAUGGUUUUCCUUGGUGAUUUCUGGCAGCUGCCCGGGCCGCAGCAGCCGCCGAGCAAAGUGUCAGACAGCCAGGCAUGGAACGGUGUCAAGCAGAUAAUGUUCAACACUAUGCACCGCUGCGAAGAUGCGCGCCUGGCCAAGAAGCUUGCAGCUCUGCGAACCGCUGUUCCUAGCAAGCGUCUCUUGAAACAGAUUGCCAACCGAGCCCAUCGCGCUUGGACCGACGCCGAGCCCACUGCUUACGACGUCCUCGAGGUGUUUCGAAGGACAGACUACGCAACAUCCAUGGUCACGUGCACCAGGAAGGGCGCGCAGACGCUGAACGAUCUUGCGGUGGAUGUGCUGUUCAGGCACCGGCACCAGACGCCCCUAGGAGAGCUGCCCUUCGAUUGGGAAAUGGACCCAGGCAACUACACGCAAGAUGGCACUUUGUGCUCUGAUGCUCCGCCAAAAUCCAUGCCCACCAGGGUGUACAAGGACAUGCGUGUGUUCCUUACCAAGAACUUGAACAAGAGACAAGACUUUGUGAAUGGCAUGGGUUGCAAGGUACUCGACUAUCACGAGCGUAGUGGUUGUCUAACCGUGCUCACCGACACUGGCAAGCGGCUUGCCGUGAGCGCUGUUCGUGAGCGCGUUGGCACUCACGACGUGGACUACUUCCCGCUCCGCCUGGGGUACGCUUCGACCGUGCAAAAGGUACAAGGGCAAACGCUGAAGCAUAUUACGCUUUGGCUUGACCGGCCCUGCUGCCGGGCUGCGGGGUAUGUGGCGCUGAGUCGGGUGCGACAUGACGAGGACUAUCUUAUCGCUGGCAAAAUCCGCCCGCACCAUUUCACACCUGCGAUGUGA